UGAAUUUUGGGACUGUGAAGACAAAAGAAUGAGAUGGUCCGAGAUGAAAGAGAAUUUCUAACAGUAGCUUGUGUUCUUGGCAUGAAUUGAACAGGGACUUAUUUGGAGAUUUAAACCAGAUGGAAGAACUGACGUUACUGCCAUUGUUCAUGUAUGUCUAUCAAAGAAUGCAGAGAUGGGUAUGUUGGAUGGAUGAAUCAGGAAUGGAGGCAUUGAUUGUUUUCAAGGAGCUGGUAAUUGUCGGAACAGCUACAGGCGAAAGAAUUAAUUGGAAGCGACUGAAAUGGGUUGAACCUGUUAAUGGUUUGCUGCUCUGAAGAAGACCAUGAAUAUUCCAGUAAUGACGGGAUGUUGUCGAACUUGGUUGAACUAUUUUACAACUAGUGGGUGGCCAAGAAUUGAAGCUGGUGAAAUUGUCGGAGUUAAGAAGAUGAUGCGUUUGUCCGUGGACAUAAGCGGAAGUUCUGUGAAAAAGUAAGGUGAUGUGCUCGAGAUGUUGCUACCAUUGUUUCAGUAUCUGCACGAAGUUGGGUUCGAUUGGUGGCUGUGUAUAUCGCAGGCGGGAAUGAGGAUGGAACCAAGUUUCUACUCUAACUGAAGCAGCGACGUUGCUGGAUUCAUGGGCCUCAUUUGUGAAUUGCGAGAAGAGGACUGCAUCAAAUCAAGUUGCGAUGGAGAUGGCAGAAGUGGCUGUUUCAAUUGGAGGCAGUGGUGAAAGUGAUUGGCUGAGCGCAUGCAACAAAUCAAUGGAGUUUUCGUGGUUUCGUAUUGCAGACUAGUCUGAUGCUGCUGGUUUUCCAUGAGAUCGAUAGUAUAGAAUCUUGGUGGAACUGAUGCUGUAGUCAAACGGAGAAUGUAUGUGGAGUUGUGGCAGCGAGACAAGGAGCUGUUCGUUGACAAAGACUGAGAAGUGGGAGAAUGCGUAUCGGAGUUGGCUAGUGACCCGAUUUUGGAGUUGGGUUCUGCUAAUGGACUGGGCCUUGCAAUUUGCUGGGUCAUAUCUUAGUGUUCACAGCAGAAGAUAUAAAAAGGCUUCAGUAGAGACAGAAAGCAGAGGCCGGAUUUGGGGAGUUUUCCUUCUGGAAAAGAAGACGGCUGCAACUGCUGGUAUUGGAGGAGGAGAAUACAAGAGAAGAGGAAGACGACUUAGCACCGAGUGACGACGAACUUUGAUUUCAGGUGUCUUUUUGAGGAUGAUGAGUGCUUCUCAGGAGACGUCAUCUAAGAUGACACUUGGAGAAUAUAUGCGUUGGCCACGACAUAAUGAAGUUCUUGCUCCACAUAUGAUAAGCGAAGAAUCACCUCUAAUGAUAUAUGAGAAGUACUACAAACAUAUACCGCUUAGUUUGGAACAAAGGUUGAGAGUUCUAGCAUGCCAAGAGUUAUAUGCAGAUGAUGACUUAGAGGAACUUGUUUAUUUAGAAGAUAUUAUUGUUGAGUCUAACGACUUAGAGACAAUAGACAUUCAUAAUGAGGUAGCAUCUAGUAAUUUGAAUUGUGAGAUUCCUAUAGGUCACUUGGCUGCAGAUGAUAAUGAGUCGAUUAUUCAUGAUAUUGUUGCUCCAUUGAGCCCUUGUUUUGUUGACUCAUCUUAUGAUUUCUUGAUUGCUGAUGUGAAUGCGGGGGCGGUUGGUACUGGUCAGGUAACUGAUGAUUUUGAACAAAUCUCAGUUUGUUUAGCCCACUUUGCAGAUUCUGAUGAUCCUAUGCUUAUUGACAUUGUCAAUGCAUUGUGCCCUGCAAUGGUUAAUCAUGGUAACUCAACGACAGAAGUUAUUUCCGCUGACUUAGAACCAGAUUUAGGAGUUAAUGAUUUUGAUAAACUUGAACCAUUAGAUACAGGUUUAAGCUGUUGUGCUGAGUUUGAUAAUUCUUUAGCUUUUCACAUCGUCGAUACAUUGCUUCCUAUGAUUUCUAGUGAAGAUAAUGUGUCGACCGAAUGUAUUUCAGCUGAUUUAGAACCUGAUUUAGCGUAUGCUUCCAGAAUAGAAACUAAUAUACAUUAUAUGUUCGUUGUCCAUGAGAGUGAUUUAUUUAUCUCGACUAACGACUUUUUUCUAUUGGGAAUUGAUUUACAUAUAUUUUUGGAGGUUUAUAGUGUUUGCAGGUUCAUAUUCGCAGCUAACCUGAUUUGUUGGAUUGAUCCCCAAAUUUUCAGACUUUACAUAUAUGCUUUGCAGCUUACUUUGGUGUACCAUCACCUUGUUUGAGAGAGCAGAUACACAAAGAUUAUGCUUUAUGGGAGUCAACCCAUACGAUUUCGCUUCAUGGGAGUCAACCCAUCAGAUUAGUUUUCUUUCCUCUAUCUUUUAUUUGUUUGUUUGAAUUUCCCAUAUUAAUUUCUACAUUGG